UGUAAGCCGAAAUGGUAUCCGUAUUUUGGCGGUGCGGUCGUCGGUGAAAAAUAUCUCUAAUAUACAGCGAAUUUGUAUUUGCCCGGACAAAAAUACCAACGAUGUUUUCAUCCGUCUCUUCUGCUCGCGGCCUGGCCAUGAAAAAUCUACGCAUCAUGUCAAUUUUACGAACAUAACAAAGCACCGGAUACAUGCAUAUAUUUCCAUUGAACCUAACCGCCGUUGACCAAAAACGCGUAGGUGUGUGUAUGUGUGCCUAUGUAAUAUUUGAAUCGUCGGUUGUACAACAUGUCCCGCGUUCAGGAUUUUUAACGUUAAUCGUAAUUUUUAAUAACGAAAAUGGAAGACUUUAACGAAGGGGUCGACGGAAAGCUGGCUUACAGAAUGCGAAAAGUUAAUUCUGAACAAUUUCACACCCUCGUCAGGAUGCACCUGUCCUUUGAAUUGGACCUCAACACUGAGGAUAGCGACUGUGUGGCGGAAAAAGCUAAACUAAAAAAAUGGAGCUUGAUAAGCUUCUCAAAAAAGCCCAAGUCAACCAUCAAUCUACAGAAGGGAGUGAUAGAGGGUGCUCCUUUGUCACAUGAUGGUAUAACUCAAGUCAAACAGCUGAUUGAAUAUCUGUCAACUGAACAAAGCAUCGUACAAGAAGGGAUUUUUCGACGAACAGGAAAGCUCACCAGGCAACAAGACCUGAAAAACGCGCUAUAUCAGGGAAUCCCAUUAAACUUUGAAGAUGGCCGAUUUAGUGUUCACGACUGUGCUUCCGUUUUGAAAAGUUUCUUAGCCGAAUUGCCGGAGCCAUUGUUAACAGACUUGCACUAUCCUGCUCACUGUCAAAUUGCUGAGCUAUGGUGUGGUGAUAUGAAAGCAAACGAAUGUAGACUACUUAGAUCAUUGCAGCUACUUUUGCUUUUAUUACCAUCUGAAAAUCGGAUUCUGCUUAGAAAUGUUCUAAGGCUGUUAAACAAAACGGCAAGCUUCGAACACAGCAACAAAAUGAAUUGUGACAGCCUAGCAACAUUAUUCACUCCACAUUUGCUGUGUCCAAGGAAACUAUCGCCUGAAGCUCUGCACAUAAAUUCACAGACUUUGUCCGGACUAGUUGCCUUCAUGAUUACAAAAGGCACUGAAAUGUUCGACAUUCCUCCAAAACUAGCCACUGAUAUUAGAGCUUACUGGGUUGAACAAGAAAGGAAACUUCUGAGUCCUACAAAAAAUGAUUUAAACGAAUCAACGUCAGAUGCAACUGGUACAGCUCACACAGUGUUUAGUUUUGUCGAUCACAAAUUAACAGCCAAAGCAAACUCGACACAAGACACGCAGGCAGCAUUAGCACAGUUGUAUGCUCAUAUUCAGGCCAUGCCAGAAUCUGCGAAAAAACGCAGGCUGGUUAAACAAUUCAAUAAAGAAAACGGACAAGGAACGCCUCGACAGGUGAAAAAUUUGAGAACUAAAAGCCUAGGAGAUUCAAUAAAGAAGCAUAUUUUCCAAAAGAAAAUACUGGGCCAUAAAAAACUAGUAGACAUCAACAUAGGCUGUAACAAUAUCACCAGAUCUAGCAGCGAGGAGAAUAUAUUGUCGUCGAGCCUGGAGAAAUCUUUGCUUCCGCCAAAAACACUGUUCAGUAAAUCAGAUGAUGAGCUAAGCAUGGAUAGCUACGAGCCAUUGGAAGCAGAUAAUCUACUGCAUGUAAAACACAUAAGCAGCAGCACGGGGAGCCUGAACACGUCUAAUCUGGGGCAUUUUAAGUCAAAGAAGAAAGUGGUGCUAGUAAAUUUUGUAAAUAUUAGCGAAGAGCAAAGCAUCGAAAAAUUUGAGAACACUGUAAAAAAUGAAUCAUCAGAAUGGGUCAGGGAAAGUUUUACUCAAGGUGAAUCUGACAACAAUGUCUGUCCAGAAAAACUGCAAAACAAAGCUUCCAGCUUGCAAGAUAUUAAUACCUCGACAAAUCUACGAUUUUCACGCCAAUUAAGUGAACCUGAAGUGUAUUCGAAAGAAACUGCCUCUAAUAUGAAUGAUGGCGAAUUGGUGCGGCAAAAUUCAGACCCGAUAUUUCCUGUAACACGAAAAUCCAACAUAGAAGUGGUUUUUUCUCCCAGGAAAUUUAUGCCUAAUAUACAAUCUGGUAUGUCUCCACAAAAGACAGAAACUUCAGUUUCGGAAAUAUCAAGCUAUUCACCUCCAACAGUAAUGAGUAGAUUCUGGAACACAUAUACGGCACAUACAUCAACACCAGCUAAGAAUUUACUGCGAAAAAGUCUAGCUGCUGCUACUGCUGCUGCUGCUGCUAAUGAAUGCACAUUGACGCCCAUUGCGAACCAUGACAAAAGCAUGAGUCCAAUUACUCAAAGCACGACGAAGAUGAGUAAAGCUAUGCAGGAAACCAUGAUGACUCCACGAUCAAGAAAACCAGUGAUGAUGAUCUCUGGGUCAAACUUAUGCAAUCUUGCAACAUUAAAUAAUGGAAGGACGCCUCGCAGUUCUGGUUCUAACAUUCAAAGAUCAAAUUUAGAUCUUACACGAAAAAAAAGUUGUACAUCCAUAUUGGAAGAAUCUCAAAAAAUAGACAGUACGAGUGGUGAGUUGGUGCUAAUUGACAAUCAAGGUGGUACAGAGGACAAAGAAAACUUCGGAAAUUUAAAUGAGGGUAGAAAUUUUGUGACAUCAAUAGAAGACGAAUAUUGUAAUGCAAUUCAAGGAAGUAGUGCUUCUAUAACAAGUACAUUUCGAGAAUAUCUAUUAUCACGAAGUGUACUAACUGCGAGUCCCGUUGAUUUGAGUUUCACGUCUCGUACUGGCGAUUUUGAACAAUCUGAAUCAGAUUUGAAUAUUCUUAACGAAGACAGGCUAUCCGAUAGUCUUCUGCAUUGUUUGGAUGGAAAUCAACCUAGUUCCGAUACAUCUGGCAUAGUUUCUGGUAGUACCAACAGUGUUAAUGACUCUGCAGAGAAAAUUGAUGAGGUUAUUAACCCAUCACCCAGGAAAAGGGGAACGAAUCUUCAGCGUAACGACUCUAAAAGAUCUGUCCUGGACAAAACUGUUACAAAUAAAUUGAAGUUUCAAACUCUAAGGAACAAACAAUUGAGUGAAUCUACACUGAAACCAGUAAAAGCAAAAGAAACGUUACAAGAGACUUCUUUUUAAAACGGAAAUAUAGUAUAUACAUUGAAUCUAAUGUUCAAACUCACUUUUACCACACUUCAUUGUGUAAUAAAAAUUGCGUUGAACACUGUUAUAAGUUUUAACCAAUGCGUAUUUUUUACUUUUGUUUAAAUUAUUAAGCAGUUUUUAUUAUUAUUUACCUAAUUUUCAGCUGUCGAUUAAUAAUUAAUUCGUAUUCGUUUGAUAUCGAAUACGAAUUCUGUGCGAAAUUUUUGUAUAAUGUAUAGCAAAUAGUUUGCUACGUGAUAUUUAUACUAGACCUCAAUCAUAUGCUAAGUUUUUAUCAUAUUAGUUGUAAAUGACGGCGAUGAAUGUUGUGGGUUUAAAUAUUU